CCUGUCUCUGCCUUUCCCCAGCAGGGUCCAGGGGACCGAGGGCUGAAGAUGGAGCCCCUGGAUUUACUUUCAACUUUGCCGUCAUCCGUGACAUCCUCAGAGAGUUCUUUGGGGGACGAGAUCCUUUCUAUGGUGCGACUGGUGCUGAGAGGAGCAACACGGAAGCAGCAAGGAACGAAUCACACCCUGGAUACGAGUCGCAUGAAGCAUGCAAUGACUUGCAUGGGGGAUAUGAGUUUUAUGAUGGGUGGAACAAGCAUGAGGGAUAUGAGCCGCAUGGCGCAUGGAAUGAGUCACAUUAUGAGUUUGAGUCUGCUCCUGGAUGCAAGUUGCAUGAGGAGUAUGUGUUGUAUGAUGGGUGGAAUAACACACCAGGCAGACAGGAAACAACACCUGGAUACGAGAUGCACGAGGCGUAUGCAUCGUACGGUGGAUGGAACGACACACCAGACAGACAGGAGACGACACCUGGAUACGAGAUGCACGAGGCGUACGCGUCGUACGGUGGAUGGAACGACACACCAGACAGACAGGAGACGACACCUGGAUACGAGAUGCACGAGGCGUACGCGUCAUAUGAUGGAUGGAACGAUACACCAGACAGACAGGAGACGACACCUGGAUACGAGAUGCACGAGGCGUACGCGUCAUACGAUGGAUGGAACGAUACAGCAGACAGACAGGAGACGACACCUGGAUACGAGAUGCACGAGGCGUACGCGUCGUACGGUGGAGGGAGCAGGCCACAAGACAGAGACAAGUUAGCUGGUGCAGAUAAGCCGCAUGCUGGAUGGAGCAGGGAACAAGACAGACCCGAGGCAGCUCCUGGAUACAGGUCACAUGAGGAGUGUGCGCUGUAUGAUGAAUGGAGCGGGGCACAAGACAGACCUGACUCUGCUCCUGUAUACGAGCCGCAUGCUGGAUGCAACGAAGCAGCCGCUGGGUGGCACGAGUCGGCUGCAGGCUAUGCCCCAGCUCCCAGAUACAUGUCACCUUACGAGUGGAACAGGGCAGCAGCCAGCCGCACCAAGGUGGCUGACAGGGGCAGUGAGAUGACUGGUGGGUGGAACAAGCCAAUUGGGGCUGCUCCUGGGUAA